AUUAUUUCAAAAUGUGUUUCCUGGCUUUAGUGUUAUUCUUGGAGAUUGUCGCGCUGCUAUUUCUUGGAAAUAUAUUGGGUGGUCUCUUUGUUUUAGUGUUUAUUAAUGCAAAUUAUGGAGAAUUUUGCUGUAGUUGAGGUUCAUAUUUUGGAUCCGUGCUUUCUUGAUUUGUAUGUGAAUUAUUUGUAAAUCUUCACAUAAUAUCCCAAAUUUAGGAGUUUUCAUGAAUUUCUUGGAAACAACUCAUUUCUGAGGUCAACGGAAGAGACUGAAUGUGGGAAAAGAGUUGACGCCCUUAAAGCACUGAUCAUAUGCCAAGUUUCAUGGGCAAAUGCUAACUUACUUUCAGAUAGCUAAGUAAAUGCCUGAAGAUGUUAUUUGAUGCUAUCUAUCGGGAAGCUAAGUCCUGAAAGCAUAAAUUAAUUCAGGCAUGGACAUCUCUCAAGACGAGAGAAAUUUGAUAUGAAAACAAACCUUGUAUGCUAUAAGAGAGCAUAUUCCUUUGCCCUGGACAGGAAAAGGUUACAGUUUCCAGACAGUUGCAAGGUUGGACAUCCUUCUAGCAAGCUGGACCUUGAACCCACUUGUGAAUUAGGACGGAGUGGAAGUCUGAUGAAGUAAUUCGACCUAAGUCUUCAGAGAACGACAGGAAGUGACAGAUGGAGCACAAGACAUGUACUGAUGAUGAGAUUAUCAAGUACAUGUCAAAUUUACCUCGUUUUCUCCAGCAAGUGGAGAAGGAAAGUAGCAUUCAAGAGAAGGCAUUAAACUUUGGAGUUCUUGAUUGGAAGCGUUUGGAAACAUGGAAAUAUAACGAGCGUAUGCCUGGAAUAUAUGACAAGAAGACAUCAUCAUCAUUCGGCAAUUCCUCAACUAGUGGACCACCUAAAAUGGGUCCAAAUGUGGAAAGGCAACCCUCAGCCGAUGGUAUGAAUCCUAGUUCAUUAUCUUCAGGAAAACAGCGCAUGCCACAUGGUUCACCAUUUAGUUCACCUCAGAGGCACCGACCACAUGGUGUGAGUCCUAGUUCAUUAUCUUCAGGAAAACAGUCCGUGCCGCGUGGUUCACGAUUUAGUUCACCUCAGAGACUACUCCCACCAUCUCUAAGUUCACAUCUCAAUUCAUCAAAGGAUGGAAGAAACAAUAUUUAUCACAAGGAAGAAAAAUAUGUUGAAGGUACAAAGUCUAAUGCAGGGGAACCACAGAAUCAAGUAUUUCAAGAUGCUGAAAGUGGCACUACCCGUCUGCAGCCGGAGAACUGUCAUCAGAAAGUAAAGUUUUAUGACAGAAGCAGUUCUACAACAAACUUAGACAGCACAAAAAGAAAGGACUCUGAGAAAGAGAUUGUGUCGGCAAAAGAAGCUUCAUCAGCAGACUGGGGCAAGCAUAAGCUUUCUCUCUCUUCACAUGAUAGUGAGAGGAGAUUAAAUGAUGGAGUUGAUUUUAAAUCUCAAUGCUGCCCAGCAGACCAGGAAAAUGUUGUGUUCCUCAGACGUAAACAUCUCCCAAAGAGGAAUUCCUCUAAGAGUUCCCAGUUCACAGAAUCCAGGACCUCACUUGGUGAACAAUUGGCAGAAGCCAUAGGGAACGAAAACUCUGGUCACCUAUCUCCUCAUGGACUACACGCUGGAGAAUCCUGUGCCAAUAUUCAACACUCAGCUCCCCUCCUUUCAGGUGCCACUUUUCAUACCGAGUCUGCCAUGGAGUCACACAACUCAGGGACUUCCCAGGCAAUUGACUUGGGUAAUUGCACAACCGAACGUUUGAUGGUGAAUAGAGGAACCAGAAGGCUGUCAUUUUCCAUUGAGGUUUCAGAUAAAAUGCAAGAGGAAAUUGCUGAGCAAUCGAGUGUGAAAGGAAGACCUUCCUCCGUCGCUCGUCCAUCAAGCUUUAACCUUGAGAGGAUGAGCCGAAGUUCUACUUUCAAGGAGAGGUUGGUAAUUCCACAAUUCAGUUCUUCAUAUGUUACUGUCCAGUCUUGCCAAGUGAGACCUGGAGUUUCGUCUGUUAAGGAUGACUCUGAAAGAGAGAAGGAAAAUUCAAGUAGCAAGGGAAGGUCCAGUCCUUUAAGGAGAUUGCUAGACCCAUUGCUGAAGCGGAAAGGAACGCAAUCUGCUAAGACCAUUCAGCCACCAAAUCCAUGCCUAGAUCCCACGACUUUGAGGACCAUAGGCAGUAUGGGACCGUCUAGAGACAGGAAGCCUGAGGCAUCAACUAUUCAGGCUCUUUUGGAGCCAACAUUGAGGAAUGGUCUCCCUUUCUUUAAACUUGUGGUUGACAAUAGCACCGACGUGCUAGUUGCUGUAGUCAUGAUUUAUGCAUUUUACUCUGUCCAUGAGAUUAAGAAAAAGAGCAUGAACUGGAUAAGUCAAGGAUUGAAGAGCGAAAAUUGCAGCCUUGGCUAUAAUAUUGUUGGCCAGAUGAAGAGUUCGGCCUCCUACCAACCAAAGGGUGUUGCAAGAGAAUUUGUCUUGAAUAAUGUUGAAUCUGGGCAGGUGAACAAGGAGAUGGCAGCUAUAGUUGUGGAGAGCUCAAGUGAAGAGCUUAAUGUCAGAGAUUUAAGUGAUAGGAGCCAACUGAACAAUGAAAGAGAGCAUAAGGGGUCUGUACCAAAAGAGACAUUGGACACAGGAAAAAAUAAGAACUCUAAUGGCAUGGUGGUUAUUCUCCCUGGUGCUCCUCAUGGCUCACCGAUUAAAGGUACACCUUCAUCGUUAAUUAGUCGGUGGAGAUCUGGUGGAUCAUGCGACUGUGGAGGUUGGGAUGUCGGCUGCAACUUACGAAUCCUUACUGACAAUAGAAAAGGCAGCAAGACUCUGGAAACAUCAGAUCGUGUUGAUCUUUCUGUUCAGGGUGGAUCAGGCAAGCCCGUUUUCAGCUUGGAGCCAUUUAGGAAUGGGUUAUACUCUAUUCAGUUGGAUGCAUCAAUAUCUUUGUUAGAGGCAUUUGCUACAUGCGUAGCAUACAUAACUUGUCUGAAAUUUUUGGAUAUCUUCGAUACCAGAGACCAAUCAGACACAAAACAUUCUCCAAAAGCAAUUGCGGGAACUGAUCAGAUGAAGAAAGCCAGCACAUUCCAAGCGCAAGUCCCUGCAGAGUACGUUACAUGCCCACCCUUGUCACCAGCUGGAAGAAUCUAAGGCCGGCCGGCAGCAAGGGGCGCGCCAUUUGUAUCUCUCAAAGAGAGUGUCUUGUCGGCAUCAGACAUCAUUUUCCCAUUAUAACUUGUGUAGUCUUGUAUCCAUCGUUUUUGGUCCAUACAGUUAGAUUUUAUGCGGUAAAAACUAUGCAUUUUUUCAAAAUUUGGUUCCUUCAUUCUGAAUUUAGAACAAAAGAAGAAAAAGGAAAUGUGUUCAUCAAUA